UUUUAUAUAUAUAUACACCCUGAAAGAAUAUCUAUAAAAAGGGAGAAUCCUUGUCAGGUGGAUGCUGCAGCAGAAAAGCCCAAGCCACAGGCAGGGCAGUGGUAAGCUUCCCUUUUCCGAAGCCACUCAGAGGUUAACCAGGGUCUGUAAGAAAACAGCUUAGUGAAGGAACACAGCUUAAUGCUGGGGCUGCCUCAGGGAUGCCAGCCCCUCGUGGAGCCACUGGCAUGCACACAGGGGCAGCCCUCGCCCUCAGCAGCACAGCAGGGAGCCCUUUGGGGAGGUCUGGGACUUGGCUGGGACUGAGGGAAGUCGCAGGAGGGAGUGUUUCUGUCUUGCAGGCGGACGCAGGCAGAUGUAUAUGCAUAAAAACCCUGGAAGAGGAGGGCUGUUGAACACACCCACACCUCCGUUUGCUUGGCAGCACUGGGCUGCUGAAUGCCAGUACAGCAUCGUACCGGUACCGAGGAGCUCUGCCCAUGGGCUGGCGGCUGCUGCUGCUGCUUCUGCUACAGGCAGUUUGGAAAAGUGCUCUGGGAAAAUCCCAUUCACUGCACACCCGAGGAAUCAUUGAAUUGGCAGGAGCUAUAUCAUGUGGCACGGGACGGUCACCCUUGGCAUAUAUUGGCUACGGAUGUUACUGUGGACUGGGAGGACGAGGCUGGCCUAAAGAUAAAACAGACUGGUGCUGCCACAGGCAUGACUGCUGCUACGACAAGGCAGAGAGAGAGGGCUGCAGUCCGAAGGCACAGCGCUACCAGUGGGUGUGCGAGCAGAAUGCCGUGCGGUGUGAUAACCUGACAGACCCAUGUGAAAAAAUGGUGUGCCUGUGUGACCAAGAAGCAGCCCAGUGUUGGGGAACAGCCCCUUACAACCCACAGUUUGUCCUCUGGCCAGACUUUCUAUGUGGGCAGACUCAUCCAACCUGCCAUUUCAGAUAUGAAGGGUCAAAAUAGUUUUUAAAGGAACUUUCUUCUAAUCCUUUGAAUCUGAACACACUGGAAUAAAAUUUUACCUCUUUUACCAGAGCUAA